AUGGAUUCGACUGAGACUUCUGAUAAUCAGCCUACAAAUUUUCAAAACAAGAUAUCUAAAAAAAAGAUGUCUAAAAAAGGAGAGCAUCCAGCAUUACCUGUUUGGGAAAAUUUUAAAAAAAGUAUGCCAAAUAGGUUUGGUCAUUAUGGUACUACUUGUUACUAUUGUGAUCAAUCUUGGUCACAAGAAAAACCAUUAAUAUUGAAAAGUCAUCUAGCAUUACAUUGUGAUAAAGCACCUGAUCAUAUUAUUACUUUUUAUCUUCACAAAGUUGCUGAAAGAGGUAAAAAACUUUCAUUAGCCAAUAAUAUCGAACCUAUUAGUGAAGAUUGUAGAAGAGAAAUAAAUCAGGCUUUAAUAAAGAUUUUUAUUUGUUGUGGACCUGGCUAUACUCCUCCACAUAAAGAUACUUUAGCAAAUCAUUUAUUAGAUAAGGAGCAUGCAAUUGUUAUAGAAAAUACUCGUCAACCAAUUAGUAAAGAAGAAACUAUUAAUUUAAUAAAUACUCAUCAACCAAUUAGUGAAGAAGAAACUAUUAAUUUA